AUGUUGUCGAAGUAUAAUCGCGUUAUUGAAAUUGAUGGUGGUAACGCUGAUAUUUCGCUACCCAUCGUCAAUUUUCCACCGUUUAAACUCAGGGCUCAAUUAAUUGAAAAAGAUCCCGUGGUCUGGUUGCACUUGGUAGAGACUUAUGUAACGUACUUCGAGUACUUGAUGCAAGGAAACAACAUUGAAUUAUUAGACGACUCUACUCUUGAUCAUCUUCGUUUGUUUUUAAGAACUUAUUUACAUGAAAUAGCGGACGAGGAGGGAAAGCUAUUAAGUCUCGGCAUCAAUCAUGAUGUGUCUGAACAGUUGCGCUCAUUAAAGGGUUGGAUAUUUAUAUUGAUCAAGAAAUGUGGAUUGUUACAUCUUCAGAUUUUUGGUGAUUCCCUGUGGGAUUUGAUUAAAAUAUAUGUUAAACUCGAUCCUGAUUCGAUUCGUAAUCUAAUUGACGGCACUUUAAAACCUCAAAUCAACACACAACGUGUACAAUUGGACAAAACGUACCAAGUUCAGCAGCACUUAAGACAGCUAAUAGAAUCUGGAAAAUUCAAAAGAAUAGAUCUAAGGUGCGUUGAAGAUCUGCUGGCAGCCAAAUCUAUAGAACAAAAUAAGUUCGCAGAAAAUUUCUUUACAGCAAAUUGGAUUGAAAUUCUAGAAGCGUUGUGGGCAAAAGGUCAAGGCCGGGCUCAUAAAGAUGCUAGAGAAUUAAUUAUUAUAAGUUUAUUUUCAGUUUCUGCUGAUCAUAUACUGGGAAUAACUAAAGAAUUAGGUAUAAGCAAUUUUGAAACUCUGGCACUAUAUCCACUAUUAGGAACAAUGCUCAUAAAUGAAGGUAUUCACAAAAGGCUUCCAGAUUUGAAAAGCAAACUACUUUUUUUGAACUUGGGGGCAUUAUCAAUGGAUGACAAAGACAAUAUGAACUACCCAACAUCAGCAAGUACUCAAAUUGAUGAGGCACAUUUAUCCUCAUUAAUGGAGUUGUUCCCUCAAUUUUCUAAAUAUCAAUUAUCGCAGGCACUUCUUGCCUAUGAUAAUAAUAUUGAACUAGUAACGAAUAAAAUAUUUGAAGACCCCACCAUUAUCCAAGGAUUCCCCAAGGAACCAAAGAAAAAAGAAAUGGAACAAGCACUGGAUGAGAAUAAUGCAUCUUCUACUGACGAACUGAAUAUAUUGGAUAGAAUACCUAGCUCGAAGGAGAAAUUAGACAAAAAGGUUAUCUCAGAGGGUGUCCCAGAUGAGUUAAGAAAUAAAACAUUGACAAGAGCACUGAAACUUUUAUACGAGGCAGAUGAAGAUGAAAGAGAUGAUACUUAUGAUGAAGCUGAUGUGAGCCGAACCGAUCUUUCCAAAAAAAUUGGCUUUCAAGACGACGAAAAUGAUGAAAUAGAUGAUGAUGCUAAAGAAAAGCAACAAGGUGAUAAGUAUAGUGCUGUUGAAUCCUACCUGUGGAAUCUUCUGAAGGAAGAUCCGACAUUAUUUGAGAGAUCGAAAAGAGGUACUAAAGUGAGGAAAACUAUUAAAGAAAAAACUUCGUGGUCAGAUGAAAAAAUUGAAGGCUGGUCACGGAUGUUAGAAAGAUCUCCCACACGAGCCAGACUUCUGGAAAAGAAAUUCAUGUUUAAAGGAAACAAUAGAACAGGGAAGACGUCGUAUGUGCAUAACCGUGAUAGCAAAAAUGAUGAAAUUUCCACCAAAGAGCAGACCAAACAUAAUGCGCUGGAUAAUAAUAAUAAGAAACAAGAACCUCAGUCUGCUGAAAAGAAAAAAAGACAGCAUGCCAACAACGAAAAAAAGAAGGGGGUGAAGGCUAAUCACAACCGUAAGAAAGGUCAUGAUAAGAAAUUGGCUCGCGCGGGAAAUAAUGGCACUUAA